AGAGUUUUAAUAAUGGAGCAAAUAAUCACAAAACACGUCUCCCCGAUCAACCUGUUCGUAAUUUGCAUGUUGGCAAAGCCGGCCGAUGCAAAGGUGGCAGUCCUAUUAUUGGAAUACUCUGUUUUGUGGACAGCGAUUGUCAAUUCAUUCGCUCUCUUUUAUUUCAAUUGAAAGAAACAAAGGAAAAUAACAAUGUUCUGUUGAUAGUUGUGCAGCUUGUAAAUUAAACGCAUCGGUGGAUUUUGAAACUAGCCUAGACGCGAUCACGAGUUAGCCGGCCCCAAGCGGUCUUUACAAAUAGAAAUAUUGAGUGUUUCCUCAUUCUGAACGACGCCAUAAGAGCUUGGAUCUCAAGCAUCACCACAUGGAUCAGUAUUGCUUCAUUUCCUCUCACCGAUGAAUUCGAAUUGCCGUAUAUUCACGAACCCAAUGUUGCUUAAUUGAUGUUUGGCAAAGAUCGAUUUGUUUUACACAGUGACUGCUGGAAGCCACAGCUCAGCGGGAUUUCAGUUCAAAAUUCGUUCCGCAAGCUCUCCUCAAGAUGAUUUACAAACGAGUGCUGUCUUUGAGCUCUUUGAUAAUCCUUUGGUUACAGAGCAGAAGCUUUAUAAGUGGUAAAUGCCUCCACGAAUUCUCAGGUCCAACAGAGAAACAGAAAUUAACCUUUCAAGGAAAGGAGUUACCACUGACAAUUUCCUAUGGACAUCGCGCUUCCCAGCAAGCCACUGCACAGCUUACUAAGAUUUUACUAGAGGAAGGCCUGGGGUACGAUGACGUCAAAUUGGUACCCUGCUUUCAAGAGACUUUAGGAACUAAUUGUGGGAGUGCCAGAUUUUCUGGUGUUCCGCAAGCCAUGAUAGACACAGAGGUCUGGGUACCAUUUGACCGUGAAUACCCUGCAGAGAAUGAGGUAGUGGCGGAUGUGGGAUCAAUAGGAUUCACGGGAAGAUUAGGCUGGUUUACAAACUCCUUCUUUGUUGAUCGAAUGUGGAGCGAACACCACCAACCCGCUGAUCAUUGGAGAGCCCUACAGCUUCGUGUUGUACUACAGGAACUUCCCCUCGCAUCGGAACUGAUCACAUGUCAGGCUUGCAUAGAAAACGAGUUCCAUCCUCUGCAGUGUGUCCAACUAAACCAAAGUGGCGAAAAUUGUGUUGCUCUUAUGGCUGCACAUAAAGGUAAUCUCAGUUCUUUUAUGGUCGAGGAUCAGAUUUCAAGUCUUCGAUUGAACAUAUCAGUGAUGUGGCUUGGAAAUAACCUUACUUCCACAGUUUUGCUGAAUGAAGCAAAGAGAAAGCCGUUACUAUUUUAUGCCUGGGAUCCAUGCCCUUUAACCACAGAUGACAAAUUUAGGAGGAUUACCUUCCCUGGAUGCAGCUUUUCUUCGAACUACAUCGCCAUAAACCACACGAAUAAAUAUCAUGGAGGAUGCGAUUUUCCCUUGUACGACCUGCGUAAGUUUGUUUGGAAGGAAAUACAAAAUCGUUACAAGGACAUUUAUGGCCUAUUAAAAGCCAUCAGCUUUACACGAGAGCAAAUCACUGAUAUACUUCAUCAGGUCGGCACAACACAAAACAGCGCGUUAAUCAAUGACUCCAUGUGCCAUUGGCUGAAUAAAUCACGCGAUAUUUGGUUGCCAUGGAUACGAGCUGAAACUACAGCUAAAAGAACUGUGUAUAUUGGAGGGAUGUUUCCUAGUCUUGUGGAGGCAAAGGCUGUAUGGUCAAGUCCGGGUGAUGAAGUUGGAGCCCAACUAGCUAUCCAGGAGAUUAACAGAGACAAAAACGUUUUGGAGCGCUGCAGGCUUGAGCUACUUGUAGCUCCAACUCAGUGCAGAGGAGAGCUGGUGAUUUCGGCCUAUGUACGGUACCUGAAUCUGCAUCAUUCAGAAAAAGUGAUCGGUAUCGUUGGACCAGCAUGCAGCAAGGCAACACUUCCAAUAGCCGAAGUGGCGCGAUUUCACAACACAGUUCUGAUGGGCUACGGCGCUGAUGACGUGGCUUUAUCCGAUAGAACGAGAUUUCCGAUGUUUUUCCGAACAAAUCCAAGCAUUGACGAAUUCAAGCUCGCAUACUUAUCAAUUUUUCGAGAAUUUGGUUGGAAGAAAUGUGUUGUCUUGCGUGAGGCUAAGUAUCCAGUAAACACGAUACAGUCUCGUACAGAAUUCCUGACAAAACACGGAGUUCAAGUACUGUCACGUGAGUUGCCGUCCGGUGAAGACCUGGACGCCAAGAGUUAUGUCAAGAACGUUGCAGAGAGUAAACUGACGGUGGUAAUGUUGGAUGCCUACCCAGCAGUCACCAGGGCAGUGACAUGCCAAGCAUAUAAGGAGGGUCUAACUUCAGAAAAAGGUUACGUGUGGUUCUUACUUGAUUGGCUGGAAUCUAAUUGGUGGGACGUAGAUUUUUAUAACAGCAAAAGGCACGCCGCACCAGAAAGCGUACCGUGCUCUAAUGAUGACAUGAAGACUUUUGUUGAUCAAGGCUACUUCACUUUAUCUUCUCCCUUUUUUGGAGAUGACGAACAACUCGUUGAGGGAGGAGGAACUGUUAAACAAUGGAAAGAACGAUAUCGAUCUACCGUGACAAAGCAGAAAAAGGAAUGGUCGGAUUACGCAUCGUUUGCGCAUGACGCUGUGUGGACAUACGCUGUAGCACUGAACCAGCUGCUCAAGAAUGACUCCUCUGCUUUGGAUAAGAUUGAUACCAAUUCUACCUCAGCAAAGUUCCGUCGCUAUAUACAGCAAGUGGACUUCUUGGGUGUGUCUGGAAGGGUUCACUUUAACAAAGGCGAUCGUCUCUCCGACAUUAUCAUCAAACAGAAAUUCACUUCGCACUCCGUAACCAUUGGAAACUUUAUCCAUGCCCACAAACCGAACGCAACUUACUCAGGAGGCCUGCAGUGGAAUCCUAACACAAUUACAUGGGCCUCGGGAACAAUACCAAGUGAUGUUUUACCAGAACCUGAACCCAGGGCACUAUGCGCAGUGGAGAAUUUAAGAAAAGCUUUGGGUGUGUCCUGUCGAGUGGCCAUUGGUAUUGCCGUACUCAUUGCCCUGAUAUCUGUUUCGGUUCUCCUGAUAUUUGUUAUAUGGAUUCUCAAAGGAAGAUAUUCUUCAAAGUACCGUAACACUAAAAAUCGUCUGCGCGAGCUGGGUCUCUUGGAUUCCAAUUUCACCGGGUCCAUAUUUAUACUAGACGAUUGGGAAAUACCGCGAGAAAAACUGGUUUUAAACAGGAAACUCGGCGAGGGAGCUUUCGGAGCUGUGUUUGGUGGAGAAGGUAUGGGUCUGAAGGAAUCUGAGGUCUCGGUACCAGUAGCAGUGAAAACUCUCAGAGUUGGAGCAACGAUUGAGGAUAAGAUUGAAUUUCUGAGCGAGGCAGAUAAAAUGAAGCUCCUUUCCCAUCCAAACCUGGUGAAGCUCCUUGCCGUUUGUACCACAGGCGAACCAGUAUAUAUUGUUAUGGAACUCAUGAUACACGGUGACUUGAAAAAUUUUCUUCUUGCUCGGCGUCGCAUGGUGAAUCAACCUGGAGCUCCUGAGUCCGAAGAUGUCACUCCGGAAAAGCUGACAACUAUGGCACUGGACAUUGCUCGCGGGCUCCAGUAUCUGACAGAUAUGAACUUUGUGCACAGGGACUUAGCAUUACGAAACUGCAUGGUCGGGUUUGGGAACGUUAUAAAGAUCGGUGAUUUUGGAUUGGCGCGGACUCUUCAAAACAAUGAUUAUUACAGGUUUCAAAGGAAGGCAAUGCUGCCUGUAAGAUGGAUGUCACCGGAGUCUAUCAGGGAAGGUUUAUUCACUCCGUGUACAGACGUUUGGUCUUAUGGUGUCACACUCUGGGAGUUGUCUACCAUCGGCGGCUUUCCCUACCAAGGGAUGUCCAACGCAGAAGUCUUGGAGAGAGUGGAAAAAGGAUACACGUUGGAAAUACCGAGCCAGUCCAGCUCAGAAAUGCUCGUCUUACUUGGGAAGUGUUGGCAUCAAGAUCCGGCCCAAAGACCAAAACCAUCAGAGAUUGUUAAAACCUUACUUGAGAACCAAGAGCUCGUUCACGCAUGCGUUGGUGUGCCUGCUACCACUCUCCUUGAUGACAGCAUGGCAAAUUUUGACGCCAGAGAGGCAAAUACGCAUGUACUUGGAGAGAUAGAAAGCCUGCAAUCAAACCAUUUCUUGGACUCGGAUCAUGUUAGCAGCACUUUGACUCUAACUCGGGAUGCACGUAAUGAUCACGUGGGAAGAAAACAUAGCAUCAAGUCAGUAGCAGGGAAGGCGAAAGGUCAUUCAACUCUACCCUGGAGGAAAACAUCAGUGCAUUCUUAAAUUUAUACUUGGAUUGAAAUAAGAUUUGCUAUUCAAAGGUUUAUUGAGAAAAUGAGGACAGUUUCCUAAAUUAUUUUUUUUAAAUAUUUCUAAAACUCAAUCUUGACCAAAGUAAUUUGUUUGUUUAAAAAAUUCAAUAAAGUUUAUCAUCAGUCAUUGCA